UAGAUGAUCGGUGUGUCAUUUCCAUCGCACAUCUGCGUGCAAACGGUUCUCGGCUGGGUACAUCAUUAUCGACUAUCAAGCAGAGUGUUAACUACAUUGACCAAUGAAACUUGCCUCACACAGCAGUGGGAAAAUGUGAUCCUCUCCAGCUUGCGAGCCAGAGGGAAAGCAGAAAUGCACGCCAUAGUUGCAACGAGUGUCCAGCAUCGAGUGUGUUCCGUUGUUUAGUGCCAUCUCGGUUUUUAAAGUUCUUUUUAGUUGCUUACGAAAAUCCCAGUGAAAAGUCUGCCUCUGAAACAAGGGUGGAUCUGCACCAGUAUGGCGUCUUCGUAUGGCAGCACCAGUUCGCCAGCUGCUUCGAUGUUCAAAUCGCCGCCAACGGCCCUGCAGCUGCUUCUGGAAGAGAUAAACUUCCAGCGGACCAAGGAAAUGCGACAACUGCUGAAAGAUGACGGUGGCUUCGUCGUUCUGCAGGGCACCACCUACUGGACGGAUCUCUUCGUGCGCCACUUUCUCUUCCAAACCGAAAAGCAGCACAGCAUCGAUUGCGAUGACUUGCUGUUCUUCGUGCGCAAGAAGCACAUCAAAGGCUCUUCCCGGGUGAUGCCAAAGUAUGAAACGGAAAUCGAGGUCUUUCGGAAGGAUUCCCGGAAGCUGCCCAUCGGCGAUCCGGAUGUGGACUGGGAGGAGACGGUCUACCUGAAUCUGGUGAUCCACCAGUUCGACUACACGCUAACGUUGGCCAUCUGCACCAGAACGUCACCGAAGGAGCUUCAGGUGCUUCGGCGCCACUCGCAGAAGGUGUACGCAUCGCCCAGCCGAAGGAAAAUGGACACCAAAGGCGAGAGCGAAGAGAUCACCUAUCCGCACAUUUGUUUUAUGGUGGAUAAUUUCGAUGAAGUUUUCCACGACAUUCUGGUGCGAGAUGGGGAAAUGGUCUGCGUGGAGCUGGUGGCUACCGAUAGGGACGGUAGCGUUCAGGGUGUGAUAUUUCUGGGUUCGAUUCGGUAUGAUGCACUGAAAAGGGUCUACGACGCCAGGCAAUCUAGUCUUAGCUCUAAGGUAGCACAACGCAUGUCGUUCGGAUUGUUCAGCUCCGGAGGACCGCAAACUCGCUGCGAGUUCGUGAGGAUGAAAGGUCCUCAAGGUAAAGGUCACGCCGAAAUGGCCGUCACUAAGCCGAAAGGGUCAGGAGUAGAAACCCCUACCAGUGAACCAGGGUUCUGCGCCACGGACAUGUGGGACUCGGAAUGGGAGGAAGACUGCGACGAGUACUACAACUAUCGGCACCAACGACGGCUGAGCGAUCCCAGUGCAAAUCUCAACAACUUCAGCCGGUACGGGUGGCGCACCAAGAACGCCAAUGAUUCAUCCUAUGGUGGAACGAAAGCACGCUCGGAGAACGAGGGACUGGACUGUUUAGCAAAUGAGGUGUCGGAAAUCGAAGCGGGGGAUUUGCGAGACGAUCGUCCUGCUUCUUCGGUGUCCGAUUCGAAACUGGACACCGCGCCCGGUCAUGGAACACUGAGCAAGGCUGCCGAACAAGCGGCUGCGCGACGAAUCAGCAGAAGUAGCGCUGGGUCGGCUGGGUGUUGCACGUGCUUCGGGCCCCGCAAGCGCUGGAGCGACACGGCUUCGGCACAAAUGUCCGACGUGUACUACGUGCACUGUCCCAAGUGCGAAGAGGACACACCGGAGCUGAACGAUUCGCCGGCUUGUUUGAGCACGGUUUCCAAGAGCCGAUCCAUAGCCAAACAUCCGAGCUUGCUGAUCGUGGAAAGUGAGAUUGAGUAUGGGAAUGGGAAGAAGAAAACGUUGAAUAGGAGUGGAAGUUGCGGAGCGGAGAGGAAAAGUCCGAAGAAACCGUCGAUGUCCCCGAGUUUGAAGAAGAAGAAUGUCAAUAAUAAUAAGAACGAGAAUCCUCAGGACGCUGAAGAAGUAGAGAUAGCGGACGAUGCUGUUUCAUUGAAUGGAGAUUUGGGCGAUGAUGUGGUAAAGAUCGGAGUCAUGAACGACUUCGAUGCAAACCAGAUGAUUCGAGUCAAUGGGAAGGAGGAGUUUCCAGCGAAGGAAACUGUAGGUACUGUAAAGGUCAAAGCAAUAUCUCAGCAGAAAACAAACGCCAAGGAAGGUAAAACUGUGAUGAAGGAAAGCAUAAAGGAGUACCAAGAUAAGAAAUCCAAUAAAACGACUGCGGCUUCCACAAUUAAUGCCAUUAACAAUAGUGGCAAUAGUAAAUUUUCUAUAAUGUAUCGUAAGAGUAGUAAUAAGUUGUCCAUAAAAAAUAAGUAUCCCUCGGUGGAUAGCAGUACUGAAAACGCUAACAUUAAGCUUAACCGUAGAAAUAGUACCAGCAAUAGUCCCAGUUGUAAAGCUAAACCCAAGAACGACGUCAACGGUAACUCGGGAGCCAAGAGCGACCCCGAACGGACCGACGACGGGAAAGAUUCAUCGCCGGAGCAGGAACGACGAGAAAGUGCCAACAUAAUGGAAGCAUUGCGUACCCUACGGGCCAAAAAGCUGUGCUCAACGUUGCCUAAAGUGAAGAAACCGAGCUACAACAGUUUCUACCUGCGGCCGCACAGCCUGACCGGGGGGAGAUUGAUCGAACAUGUGCCUAAACGACGCACCCCAGAUGGGACCGACAUCUACUAUUGGUGUGACUAUCACCCGAAGCGAGGAAAAGAAUUGGACGACGGCGCAUAUAAUCCGCUCUGGACAACGAAGGGUUUCACGCAGACUUUCCACUUCUGGAAAGAAAACCGACGCCAGCAGUCAACGCCGCUGAAUGCAUUCCUUACGUACGUUACAUUGCCUUGGUGGAGCAUAGCAAAAGACCUGUUGGAUCAUCGCGAACAACCGAUUCUCACGUUCUAAGCCACCGUACUCAUAGCGGUGAUAUAUUCCUAUACUCUGCAUACUACAGAACAUCAAAGCUGGUACCGUAAGGUACUGAGAAACUUUUAUAUUUUGCUACAAAUUUCAAAUACUAGACGAAAAUGAUCAAAUUUACUGAAUGCUCGAAACAUAAUUUAUUUUAUUAACAUAAUGUGAUGGAAAUUGAGGGCUGGGCAGCUAAUCCUUCUCUGCGACUUUUGAAAUCUAAAUAAUCAAGAAAGAUGCUUGUGAUAUAUGAUCAAUCGACUUAAUGUUUUAGUGUUUCGGAUAAAUGUUGUAUCUCGUGUGAUUCUCUCUAAACAAGAAUAUCAAAAAAAAUCAUAAACAUCAUUCUUGAUCAUUAAGAAUAAAAAAGCUUUCCUAUAGCGGUUGAAACGUAAGCCUGAUCCUUAGGUAGGGUUAACCAAAUACAGAACACUCACGAUAUGUUGAUCCAUUUUAUAAUUUGAGAUUGGUAAUUUCCAAGGAAUUGUAGUCACUCGAAAUUAUGAGUUCCAACAUCAUUAAAUGCUUACAAGGUGUUGCCACACCAUUAGUGAAAGGUUUUCUCUUAUCAACUGUAUCUAGGUUUUUAUUUUGUUGUGUUUCAUGUUAAAAAAUAACUCUUAAAAAAUAAUCUUAACGAUUUAUUGUAAUAACUAACAAUAAAUAUAACAAAGGAAACGUACUCUCACUUUUAUAAGGAGUGAUAAUUCAUAAUGCAUAGAAUAGUGAUCCUUUGAGGGUGACAUCUCUAAAACAGCAGAACAAAUAAAAAACAAAAACAAAUAAGAACUAAGAUACGUAUUCUAAUA